UUUCCUCGCAAUACCCCUGGUCCUUGAGACCUUGACCUGAAGUAUUUGGUCUAUUUUAGUACGAGAGAGAAGCGACCAUGUCUGAACAAAACGACUUGCUCACGAGAUUCAAAGCAGCUAUGGUACUGAGCGGUGCCGGUGAUGCACUGGGGUAUAAGAACCAGGAGUGGGAGUACUGUAAAUCAGGUCCUACAAUCCAUCAACAGUUGCAGGAAUUAGGGGGUCUGGACAACAUUACAGCGACACCCCCUGGAUGGCCUGUCAGUGAUGACACUGUGAUGCAUAUUGCCAUUGGAGAAGAAACUGCAGUCUGGGCUGAGCAUUCAUUAUGUUUUACAGCCCUUGCCAGUGGAAAGACAGAUAAAGAAGCAAUGCUGUUGGAGAUUGCUGCCAAGUAUAAAGAAUGUAUGAAAGAUAUGGAAGGAAGGAAACCUGGACCCACAUCCAUAUUGGGCACAGACCUCCUGCAGCCUGAUAAACCAGGUGGAUACAUUAUUCCAUUCAAUCCAACUGGGACGGGAUGUGGAGCUGCCAUGAGAUCUAUGUGUAUUGGAUUAAGAUAUUCCACUCCAGAGGACCUUGAUGACCUUAUAAUGUACAGUAUAGAAAGUGGGCGAAUGACACACAACCACCCUACAGGAUAUCUGGGAUCUCUGGCCAGUGCCUUGUUCACCUCCUAUGCUGCACAGCUGAAACCAUUGCCAUCUUGGGGCCGUGACCUGAUCAGUACUCUCUCUAAUGCAUGGAAUUAUGUGGAGUCUGCAGGAAGGGAUGUGGCGGAAAACAAGGCAGCCUGGGAUUAUUUCACUGAGAAGUGGAAGUGGUACUUAGAGCAGAGGGUGCCAUCUUGGGGACGAGACCUGAUCAGUACCCUCUCUAAAGCAUGGAAUUAUGUCGAGUCUGCAGGAAGGGAUGUGGCAGAAAACAAGGCAGCCUGGGAUUAUUUCACUGAGAAGUGGAAAUGGUACUUAGAGCAGAGGGGCAUCCAAGAUGGUGUUUCUGCUCCCAAGUUUCCUGAAAGUUAUGGAGUAGCAGAGAGGGACAAAAUAUAUGAAACAUUCAGUAUAGAUGGCUGGGCUGGCAGAAGUGGCCAUGAUGCUCCCAUGAUAGCUUAUGAUGCCCUGAUGGCUGCAGGGACAGACUGGAAGGACCUCUGUAGUAGAUCCAUGUUCCAUGCUGGAGACAGUGACUCCACAGGAGUGAUAGCAGCUUGUUGCUAUGGUGCUAUGUAUGGUUUCCAAGGGGUGCCUCCCUGUAACUACACCCACUUAGAGUACAGGAGCAGGCUGGAGGAUAUCGCAGUAAAAAAAUAUCUUUUUCUCACCUCAUCUCCUUUCACACACAGUAUAGAUGGCUGGGCUGGCAGAAGUGGCCAUGAUGCUCCCAUGAUAGCUUAUGAUGCCCUGAUGGCUGCAGGGACAGACUGGAAGGACCUCUGUAGUAGAUCCAUGUUCCAUGCUGGAGACAGUGACUCCACAGGAGUGAUAGCAGCUUGUUGCUAUGGUGCUAUGUACGGUUUCCAAGGGGUGCCUCCGUGCAACUACACCCAGUUAGAGUACAGGAGCAGGCUGGAGGAUAUCGCAGUAAAGUUAUACACACUCAGUCAAAAUAAGUCAUCUUAAAGUCGGGUUAAUGCUGUGUCGAGCCUGUAUUCCAAGUGCCAAAUUGUCCGACUCUUUGCAGAUGUUAAUUAUCCCAGAAACUGGUCCCAUAUUUUUGAAAGUAUUUUACAUGACUUGUGACUUUAUUUAAUGAGUCAUAGCAUGUUAAUUCCAAAUUUUUAGCAACGGCUGUUAUGCACUGUUUAUUAUUAUGGAGUUUUCCUGCUAAAACCACCCAUUCUUCUAACAGUUUGUUUUAAUGACUCAAGCUGCGGAUAAGUUAUAACAAAAAAA